UAUUGCUAGCACUACCCAGAAUCAGAGCAUCGGAGCAGAAUGUGUUAAAUACAUAAAUUGUGUGUUGACAAAAGAGGAGGAGAAGUGAAGUCAGACUGAAGUGCACUGUGCAAUCAGAAGAGGCUUCAGGAGCAUCAGAAAAAGCAAGCAGACGAAGAUCCAUACGAAAAAGCACAGCUAUGUCUCUGGAAGUAAAGGAGAAAACCCAGGUGCGUUUGGUAUUCAUGGGAGCAGCCGGUGUGGGCAAGACGUCGCUGAUCCACCGCUUCCUUCAUGACUCAUUUGAAUCCAAACACAAGCGCACUGUGGAGGAGAUGCACAGCAAAGAGUACGAGUUCUCUGGUGUUAAGGUGACCGUUGAGAUAUUGGACACCAGCGGGAGUUACUCAUUCCCAGCCAUGCGCAAGCUUUCCAUCCAAAACAGUGAUGCCUUUGCGCUUGUCUACGCUGUUGAUGACUCUGAGUCACUCGAGACGGUCAAAAACCUGCGAGAGGAAAUCCUGGAGGUCAAGGAGGACAAGUUCACACCUAUUGUGGUAAUUGGGAACAAGAGUGAUCUUGAAGAUCAGAGGAAGGUGAAUUCUGAAGACGUGCUGGCUAUGGUAGAGUUGGAUUGGAACAACUUGUUCUUGGAGGCUUCAGCAAAAGACAAUGACAAUGUCCUGGAGGUAUUCAAAGAGCUUCUACAGCAGACCAACCUACCCAGACGACUAAGCCCUGCACUGAGACGUCGCCGAGAGACAUUUCCCAAAGACACAGGAUUCAGGCCUCCCAUGAAUAAAACAAACAGCUGUACCGUGUCCUAGAACAGAUAAGGAUGAACCUUCAACCUGAGGUCAGCGGUACUGAUGAAUAAAAUAGAGAAUGUUGAUCCGAAAGGAUGGAUGAGAACUUCUUUACCUCUCACUUUCGUUGCUGUGUACCAUGUGAGAAGAAGAAAACAUGAAAAAGAGCCUAGACCAUAUAUAUUUACAAUAUUGAGCAAACAUUUGCUUAUGGACUGCAGGUGAGACUGUAAGCACUAGUGAAUGAGUAAAUCAACAUCAAAUUAAUUUAUGAAUUUAUAUAUUUAGAUGUAAAGAACUGAGAAAAA